AUGAUUAUACCCCUCGAGCUCAUAGUGCUCAUUGCCGAAAAACUUGCCCAUCGCCUCGCCCAGACCUCCCCAUUUCUUGUAACCACCGAUGAUGCUGAGUGGGCGGAUCUGGAGGUGCAUCACCAGGCUCUGAUCAGCCUCGCAGCAUCAUGUACAGUUGUUCAUCACAACAUCCGACACCUACUGUACACAACUCUGGACAUUUGCAACCCCUUCCGUUUAACUAAAGCCUUGGUCGACAUCCUCAAGCAUCCGCAGGUCGGGCCGUCCAUCCGCCACAUUUAUUGUGACACCGCAUUGGACUUUGAGGCUGUAUGCAAAGGACCUCGGGGGUCUUCGUUCCGGAAGCAGAUGGAGCGGACGGUAGACAUCGCAUGGGUCGAGGAUACUCUUAAGCAACGCAAUUGCUGCCCUCCUUGGUGGCUCAACCGUGGAACCACGCAUUGGCUUCACAGAAACGGAAUCAAAACCUGGAUUCAUCGGGAAGGGCGAAUGCGUUCGGAAUAUCUAGAGGUUGCGUUUCUAUCGAUACUGCACAUGGCGACAAAAGUUGAGUCCCUCUCUUUUCAUCACGUCGACUCAGGCUGGGGAAGACUGGCAUCCAUGCAGGGCGCCAUGGGUCACCCAAGCUUGCGUGUUAUCGUCACGGUCGACGAAUGGGUCGAUGAAACGGUCAUGACUUGCCGGGACGAUGAUACCCAAGGACCACCACGUCUUAUUCUGGGUAACCUCAAGGCGCUGCAAUGCAAUUUCCGUGAACACAGUCAGUGGCUGCAUCUCGCCGACUCUCUAUUCGGUGGCGGAUAUGAGAAGCUGAGAACCCUCGUCCUUGACGGGAUGAGUCUACGAGACAUGAGCGAAUGGUCAGACAAGAUCAAAGUCGAAAACACAAAGAUUGAGCAACUCUAUCUCGGUUCACGGAAUCCAUUUAAGCGCCCGAUCUCCAACCCUCGCUUCGCCAAGCAGGAAUGGGUCAAGGGGAGAUGGCUCGUCGGUGGGCCAAGACUGGAGAACCCCCAGCUGGAGCUUGCAAGGGAAGAUGAGGAGGGAUGGAGGCCCAAUGCGGAAGAUCGGAGGAGACGGAAAGCUAAUCUAAGAGGUUUCAAACAUCUCCGGGUCUUGGAUGUUGUUGUCGAUUCUCCGCCGAAUUUCCCGUCCAGGACCCUUGUGGCGUUGAAGGAUAUUGCGCGUUCGCUAGAGGUUCUACGGGUUGAGGGGUACCCAUUUAACCUGUAUAUUCCAGAUGACCGCGUGUUUAGCUGA